AGGCUGUGGCUUCCAGGCUGUGCCUCCCUCUCCCCUCCACCCUGCCAUCCAGGCUGUUUAGGAAGGUGGUUUAUCAUGUAAAAUGAUAAAACCCAAUUUCCGCCCUCGCUGUUGACUCACUCCCUGUCCCUGAGCAAAGCGCUUCAUUCCUUCCCGGCCCUGGGUUUUCCCAUCAGUCAAACAGGACAAGGACAUUGCUCCAGCCCUCCAGGCAGCUCAGCUGCUUCUCUGAUUGUUUAAUGGCUUCAGGUGCAGGUGCUGAGCAGCCCGAGGAGUUCUGAGUUUGGGGCAGUUGGGAGGGUGGGGAUGCAACCACCCCCUUGCCCCACUGCUACCCACAGUCACUUGGCUCACUGUGGUGGUGGAAGGGGACACUUCCUCACUCUUGGGAAGACUCCAGUGGAUUCCGUGGGCAUGGAAGAGCAAGGACUUGGAUGCAAUUUGGAUUAGCUAAACAUUAAGCUACGGCCAGGUGGAAAUGAGCACCUGCAGCCCUGGAGCAGCAUUCCUGAGGGCCGGGUCACAGGAUGGGUUGGCUCAGUCCUUGUUUGCACUCUUCGCCUCAUCCCUGGCCAUCUCCCUGGUCUUUGCCAUCAUCCCCCUGUGCCACAAUGUGGUGGUCCUGGCUGUGGUCAUGGCUGUGGCAGGACUGGCCAUGGGGUGCAUCGACACCAUCUCCAACAUGCAGCUGGUGAAGAUCUACCAGAAGGACUCUGCCAUCUUCCUGCAGGCCCUUCACUUCUUCGUGGGCUUUGGGGCCCUGCUGAGCCCCCUCAUAGCCGACCCCUUCCUGUCAGACACCAACUGCAUCCUGUCCAACUCCACGGCCAACGCCUCCAGCAACCUCCCUCACAUCCGAAAGUCCCUGGUGCCACAUCACCCGGGCAACCUGUCCCACUACGACCUGCCCAUGAAGGGCAUGGUGGUGACCCGUGUCUCCUACGCCUUCUGGAUCAUGGCUCUCAUCAAUCUGCCCGUGCCCAUCGCUGUGUUCUUCCUGCUCUACAAGGAGAGGAUGGUCCCGUGUUUCAACGGCAGCAGCCACCCCCUGCUGUCAGCGGAUGAACUGGCCAUGGAGACGCGGCCCGUGGACAAGGAUGAGCUCUCCACCCCCGGGCAGAGACCCCAGGCAGCUGGAGGUCACGAUGACUUAUUGAGCUGCUGCCAGAGCAGAAACUUCAGGGGGGCUUCUUACACCUACUUCGCAGUCCACGUCACCGGGGCUCUGGUUCUCUUCAUGACUGAUGGGAUUGUGGGAGAGUACUCGGGCUUUGUGUACAGCUACGCCGUGGAGGAGCCCCUGGCCGUGGUGCACAAGGUGGCUGGGUACCUGCCCAGCCUCUUCUGGGCCUUCAUCACCCUGGGCAGGCUCAUCUCCAUCCCCGUGUCCUACCGCAUGAAACCAUCCACCAUGGUCUUCAUCAACGUGGUUGGAGUCCUGGUGACCUUCCUCCUGCUCCUGAUUUUCUCCUCCAGCGUCGUUUUCCUGUUCGUGGGCACGGCCUCCCUGGGGCUGUUCCUCAGCAGCACCUUCCCCAGCAUGCUGGCCUACACCGAGGACAUCCUGCAGUACAGGGGUUGUGCCACAACGGUGUUGGUGACUGGAGCUGGGAUUGGGGAGAUGGUACUACAGCUGCUGGUGGGGUCGAUUAUCCACGAUCGGGGCAGCUACAGUUUCCUGGUCUGUGGGAUGAUCUUUGGAUGCUUGGCCUUCACCUUCUACGCCUUCCUGGUGUUUUUCCACAGGAUGUACCCCAAGCCCUCUCCAGAGCUGGACGAUGCCUCUCCCGACAAAGCAGCAGUGCCAGAUGACACGGGGCAGUACCAGCGCUGAGGAAGUGGCCAAGCUCUACACAAGCAAUAAACCAUCCCCCCCCCCCAAUUAAGCAUUACUCUUGAGGGUGAUUUCACAUCUAAUGACUGAAUCAUGCAAGUUCUCUGCAAUCAAAAGCACAUUCGAUUGGGUAAGUGAGAAUCAAGGAAAACAUCCCA